CACAAACGAAGCAAUUCCCACGGAACAAUCUAGAACCACUAUACAUCAUCACCAGCUGAAUCCUACGGUCCAGAUGAAGCCACAUAGGAUCGGGAACGGCAUCAGCAGUUGAUUCUAGGGCCUUCUUCAAAAACGAAGACCCAAAAGGAAAACCAAACCCACGAAGGAAGGAUCUCCUCCGUCCAUCAGGAUUAUCGAGCUCUGUUAAUCUCAUCCCUUUAUAUAACUACUUCUCUUCCCACAUCUGUCUCUCAGCAUCGCAGGUCAGAGAAAAAAGCUUGAGAACCCAGAGUCCAGAGACCGUUCGCCGGUGGAUUAAGCUUCCCGAUCUCGACGGUUUCGAGGUCUUACGAUUUGUGGAUUCGUAAGUGAGAGAGAGAAAAGGGAAGAUGUUCGGGAGAGCGCCGAAGAAGAGCGAUAACACGAGGUACUAUGAGAUUCUUGGAGUGCCGAAGACGGCCUCGCCGGAGGAUUUGAAGAAGGCUUAUCGGAAAGCAGCGAUCAAGAAUCAUCCUGAUAAGGGCGGCGAUCCCGAGAAGUUCAAGGAGCUCGCCCAGGCGUACGAGGUGUUGAGCGAUCCCGAGAAGCGGGAGAUUUAUGAUCAGUACGGCGAGGAUGCGCUCAAGGAAGGGAUGGGCGGUGGCGGCGGCGGCGGCCAUAACCCGUUUGACAUCUUUGAGUCUUUCUUUGGCGGUGGUGGUUUUGGAGUGCUAGGUGGCAGCAGUAGGGGAAGGAGGCAGAGAAGGGGAGAGGAUGUUGUUCAUCCAUUGAAAGUUUCCUUGGAGGAUCUCUACAUCGGCAGAUCGAAGAAGCUUUCAUUGUCCAGGAAUGUAAUAUGCUCCAAGUGUGACGGUAAGGGGUCAAAGUCUGGAGCCUCGAUGAAAUGCUCAGGUUGCCAGGGCAGCGGCAUGAAGGUAUCAAUUAGGCAGUUAGGUCCUGGAAUGAUUCAGCAGAUGCAGCAUCCUUGCAAUGAAUGUAAAGGAACCGGUGAAUCUAUCAGCGACAAGGAUCGCUGCCCUCAGUGCAAGGGCGAGAAGGUUGUCCCGGAGAAGAAGGUGUUGGAAGUGAUAGUGGAGAAGGGGAUGCAGAAUAAUCAGAAGAUCACCUUCCCUGGGGAAGCAGAUGAAGCUCCUGAUACGGUCACUGGCGAUAUAGUCUUUGUCCUUCAGCAAAAGGAACACCCUCGGUUCAAGCGAAAGGGGGAUGACUUGUUUGUGGAGCACACACUGUCCCUCACUGAAGCCCUAUGUGGAUUCCAGUUUGUUAUUACACAUUUGGAUGGCAGGCAGCUCCUGAUCAAAUCACUUCCUGGCGAAGUUGUCAAGCCUGAUUCUUUCAAGGCUGUCAACGAUGAGGGAAUGCCAUUGUACAGGAAGCCAUUCUUGAAGGGGAAGCUCUACAUCCACUUCACCGUUGAUUUCCCUGAUUCAUUGACCCCAGAUCAAGUGAAGUCACUUGAGACAGUUCUGCCAGCAAAGCAACCGAGUGGCUUGACCGAGAUGGAGCUCGAUGAGUGUGAAGAAACUACUUUGCAUGAUGUCAACAUCGAAGAGGAGAUGAGGAGGAAGCAGCAGCAGGCUCAGCGUGAGGCAUAUGAUGAAGAUGAUGAUGAGAUGCCAGGUGGGGCUCAGAGGGUGCAAUGCGCCCAGCAGUAGAAAACCUUGAAGCUUUCGCGGGCGAUUUGAAUUGAAUUACAGUCUUCUUCAGUGUGUCUUCUUUACGGGUUAGGCUUUUUAUAUAGCGUCUGUAACGGAAGUUUUGGGAACUUGAAAUGCUGUUCUGAUCACUUGUAUCUUUUAUUUAAGUUAAAAAUCAAAUGACGCUAUAAUUUCUCUUGCCAUUGUUUUCAUUCCUUGAUACUCGAUGGCUAUAAGUAAUGGAAGAAGAGUUUUUAUUCAUGUCAAUUCAUAUGGUAUUUCGAC